AUGAAUACCAUUCAACAAAAAUCUAGAUAUUUAGACUUAUAGAAUAAUAGUUAAAUUGAUACAUAUGACUAAAGGCCUUACAUAAACUAAAUGAUUAGCAGUUCCUCUCAACUAGAUUUGAAAGACAUUUAAAAAUUAAAGAGAUUCAAAAGCUUUUCAAACUAAAAAUCAUUACAUUAAAACAAUGAUGAACGUUAUUACUCGCCUUAAAAAUAAAUGAUCCAAAGUUUGAAAAGGUAAUAAUCUCCUCUUUAGUAAAUGCGCUCUAUUUAAUAAGAACAUACUUAGUAGUUCUACUCAAAAAAAGGAAGUAUGGAAGAAUUUCAUAGCAAUAACAAAACUGAAAUGAUUGAUAAAAAAUAUAAAGCAGAGAAUACUAAAAAUUAUCAACAAGAAAACAGUAAUUGUAGAAGCAUUUAUAACUUAGGUAAUAAUUCACCUGUUAAGAUAGAUAAAAGUUUAGUAAAGUAAGAUAUAGAUUUACCCAAAUUAAAAUCUGAAAGUUAGAAUACAGAAGAAUAGUAGAAAUCUCCACUCUCUAAAAAAAAUUAAAGGUGUGAUAACUAAUAAGAUUUAGGUUUCAAAUUUAUUAGAGAGAGGCAUAAAAAUAGCUCAUUAAUCGAAUCAAAUUUUUAAGGAUAUAUCAAAAGAAGCUAGAAUUCCUCAAGACACUUAAGCCCUUCUAUAUAAGACUUUUAAAAUAUUAAACACAGUAAGAUUUAGUUGUAUUAGGUGACUGAUAGAGUAAAUAAUUCUAAUACUAAAGAUACCGCUAAAUAUUCUUUAAAUUCAUCAAUUUUACUUAAUUAACCAUAAAAUAAGAUGAUUGGAAUUUCUAGUGUUAUAUAAGGAUUGACUUAAAACUUAAACUAGAAUGAGAUAUAAAAACAGUAAUCUUAUAUUUAACUCUAGUUAUCUACCAAUAGAAGUAUUAGGAAAUCAAUGUCAUAGCUUAGAUCAAAUAAAAAAGUAGAGAGCCCGGAAAAACAAAACGAAAAUAGCUAGUUAGAUAAAUCAGAUUAUGAAACAACGCCAUUUAAUUAUAAUUAUACUUAAAAGAGAAAAUCAAAACUUGGAAAUAUUAAUCUUUUAGGGAAGCUGGAUUCAAACAUUUUUCCAAUGUAGUAAACUUUUAAAAUAAAUUUAUAAUAAGAAGAAUAGAAAAGCUAAAAUGACUUUAGUCCUUAAGUUUUAAAUAAGAAUGAUAAUAAUUCAGACCACAAUUCACCCAUUUUUAAAAUCAGGAAAAGAUUAAAUUCAUAAGAACAUGGGCAAUUUUCAAAUUGUAUUUAGUAAAAUUUUUUCUCUAAUCUAAAAAAGGUAUAAGUUGAUUAAGAUUUAACUCCAUAAUCGUUAAACGAAUUAGAUAAUAGUUCACCUCUACUAAAAUAAGAAAAUAAAAAUAAAUAACCUAACUAAAUAUCUUCGAUGGAGCUAAUUGCUGCAUAUAAUUAAGAUGACAGGAAAGUUUAGAAAUAAAUUCUAUUGAGGCAGGAAAUAUAAAAAAUAGCUGAAAAAGCUAUACCUAGAUUUAUCAAGCUAUGUAUAGAAAAAAACCCUGAUUGCUAAGAACUAAUGAUUAUUUGUAAUUAAGGUAUGACUAUUGAAAAAUUUUGUGAUAAAUUAGGAAAGCUUGUAACUUAUUGUAUAAAUAACUAAUCUGUAAAAAUAACGUCUUUUAACUAGAUAAAAUUAUCGUUAAGUUUGAGUGAAUAAAUUCUUAUUUUCUUACAACAAUUUUUUUUGGAAAAUAAUUUGAAUUUUUAGUUUUUUGAAGAAUUUAGCUAAAAGUUCAGAAAUAUGCAGAUGCAGCUAAGCUAAAAAUAAAUAAAUCUUUUUCAAGAACUAGGAGGUAAAAGGAGGAUAGAAUAUAUCGUUGAAGCUAUCAUAAAAAAGUUAGACAAAACGUAUAAUCUUUAACUUCAAACAAAAUUAAGCUCAAUAAUUGAUUUUUCAUUGAAUCUACUGACUGUGAAUUCUGUAGCAGUAGAUGAGAAUAUAAGAGUUUUUAAAGAUUAUAUUAAUACUUUUGGAGGAGUAGCUAAUAAAUCUAUGUAUACAAGCUAGUAUUUUUUUAGUGUUAAAUACUAAAUUUUUAGAGAAAUUUUAUUUGAAAGAGACAUCCCUUGGAGAGUUAAGAUGCUGAUUAUUGAUGAAUUUGAAAAGUUAAGAUAUAAAUAUUUUGGAGAUAUGCAUGGGUUGGGUGAAUCUGUUUCGUUUAUUGAAUUAGCUACAAAAAUAUAACAAAAUAUGAAUGAAUAACAUUGGAGCAGAAUAGGAUAUAACUAAAAAAAUUAAAAUAGUUAGAAGAGCUUUUUGAUAGAUUUAUUAAGGUUAAUAUUAGAGGGAGAAAAUGCUACGUCUUUUAAGAGAUUCCUUGAAAUAAAUUAAGUAAAUAUAAAUAAUGAAACAAUACCAAUAAUUGAAAGUCUAAUUAAGGGAAUAUUAAUCAAAGAAAAAAUAUUACCAUUACUAACUAAGUUAGAUUUUGAUUUAAAAUUUUAAAAAAUAAAGAGAUAUUUAGGGUUUGAGUGCUCAUAGAGCUAUCUGAUUUACAAUAUUGAUAACAUAUAAAUUGAGAUGUAAAAAUGGAUUUAAUAAAAUAAUAAAAUUAAUAAAAUAGAUGAUCAAACAUCUAAAAAAUACGAAGACUUAGAUUAUUUCUUUCUGCUUUUAUCUUCAGUUUUUGAAGAUAUUUGUACCUAUCACUUAGCAGACUCUGUCUAUGCCCAAGAAAUUUUAAAAGUUGAUCUUCAUUUAAUAUAGUUUUAGUUAAAGGCAUUAAAAAGAGUGCUUAUUUAAACUUAUAUCACAGCAGGUAGCUCAGAUUCAUCAAAAUACUUGGCUGAUAUAAAUUUAUUAACAUCUUAUAUGAUGAAAUACUUUAAUGAUUUUAAAUUAUUUUGA